GGUAAAGCUUUUGCUGAACAUUAUUACCGUAUUUUCGAUAACAAUCGUUCUUCCUUAAAUACCAUUUAUCAACCACAAAGUAUUUUAACUUGGGAAGGCAAAGUAUUCCAAGGUCAACAAGCCAUCUGUACCUAUAUUAAUGAACUUCCAUUCCAAAAAGUUGAAAGAAAAAUCCAAUCAAUUGAUUCACAACCAACCAUCAUUCCAAACUUCCAACCAGGUGUUUUAGUUACAAUUACUGGUACUUUAGUUAUUGAUGGUGAACCAAAACCAUUAAAAUAUGUUCAAGUUUUCAAUCUUCUUCCAAAUCAAGGUUCAUAUUUAUUAUUAAAUGACUUCUUCAGAUUCUCAUUAGAUUAA